GUCUGGGUGAGAGUGGUACACAGGAGAGAGCAAAGCGCAAAAACAUGCGAUUGAUUUAACGAGCGAGUGCGUGUCGUUUUGGCCCCCCUCACUCACUCACUCACUCACCGGCCUCGGUAGUCCCAUUCUUUGUCUUUCCCCCACCCCCUCGGAGUAUGUGUGUGUAUGUACGUAUGUCUCUCUUUCUCCGUCUGCGCACUUUACCGAUCCCUUGCAUUUUCAGGUGCGCGGUGCCUCUGACGCCCAUCAUCUGAAACCCUAAUUGCGAAGUCCACAACCCCUCCUUUCUCUUCAGAGAUUCUUAUUUAUGCAGUUGAAGAAUGGUGGUCCAGUCAUUUCAAUGCGGAUUUGAAAAUGGUAUUACUAGUCCUAGUACAGACAAUAAUGGAGUUUCUGUUUCCGCUGAUUUGAUGGUUUCGAGGGUUUCCGAGGAGGGCGAUAUGAUUAGCAUAAAAUGCGAGGAAGUUAGCGUCAACAAUUCCCCAGCGUUAAAGAGAAGGGCCAGUGCUAGGAUACAAAAGAUUAAGACUGAGAAAGCUCUUCUUCGCCUUCGUGACGAGCAAGAGUCGUUGAAACAUGUUGAAGAGAAAGUCAGUCGGAAGAAAACCAGAGUGUACGAGAGAAAAAAAGUGAGUGUAAGUCCUCUUCUUGUGCUUGAUGAUAACCACCAUGCUUCUUCUGAGGCUAACAAAGUCAAGCCUGAGAUCAAGUACUACAGUGCUAAUGCCGAGGGCAGUCGGGGGGCUGCGUUCACAGAGGUUGCAGAGACUCAGACUCAGACCGAGACUGGGACCGGGACCGGGAUUGGGGUUGGGGUUGAGAAAAGUGCAUAUGCCCUCGUUACCGAGACUUUGAGGACUUUUAACAAGCACUACCUUCACUUUAUCCAGUUGCUUGAAGAGGAAAAGAGGUGUAGAAGAGCAGAAGCUGAUCGAAAAACAACAAAAGGUUCAAAUUCUAAGAUUAUGUCAAUGUAUAAAAUUGUGCAGAAAGGGAAUGCGCCUAAAGAUGAUAUGAAACGUGGUUCAAAACGACCUGAUCUGAAGGCAAUAACUAAGAAAGGGAAUGUGCCUGAAGAUGAUACAAAACUUGGUUCAAAACGACCUGAUCUGAAGGCAAUAACUAAGAUGAUGGAGACCAAUACUGUACUGUAUCCAAGUAAAAGAUUUGGCUCCAUUCCAGGUAUUGAUGUUGGGCAUCAGUUCUUUUCACGGGCUGAGAUGGUGGUUGUUGGUUUCCACAACCACUGGCUGAAUGGAAUUGAUUGCAUUGGGAAAAGUGCUAGCAAGGACUACAGUGGCUACACAUUACCACUUGCAGUUUCCAUUGUUUUGUCUGGACAGUAUGAGGAUGAUCUGGAUAACUGUGAAGAUAUUGUUUACACUGGUCAGGGUGGGAAUAAUUUACUUGGCAAUAGACGACAAAUACAAGAUCAAGUAAUGGAACGUGGUAAUUUGGGAUUGAAGAAUUGUAUGGAGCAAGGUGUGCCUGUUAGAGUUGUUCGUGGCCAUCAGUCCGCAAAUAGUUACGUUGGCAAGGUUUACACAUACGAUGGCUUAUACAAGGUUGUUAAUUACUGGGCAGAGAAAGGCGUUUCUGGAUUUACUGUUUAUAAGUUUCGAUUGAAGCGACUUGAGGGCCAACCUCUACUGACUACAAAUCAGGUUCAAUAUUUUCGAGGUCGUGCCCCUAACUCAAUUUCAGAGAUACGUGGGUUGGUAUGUGAGGACAUUACCAGGGGCCAAGAGGAUAUUCCCAUCCCUGCUACCAAUUUGGUUGAUGACCCACCUCUUGCACCCACAGGUUUCACAUAUUGCAAAAGCAUUCAAGUAGCAGAAAGCGUAAAGCUACCCAAGAAUACCACAGGAUGUGAUUGCAAAGGCAACUGUAUCAAUCCCAAGAGUUGUGCUUGUGCUAGACUUAAUGGCUCAGACUUUCCAUAUGUGCAUCGCAAUGGUGGCAGAUUAAUUGAACCUAAGGCUGUUCUGUUCGAAUGUGGUCCAUAUUGUGGUUGUGGUCCUGACUGUGUCAACAGAACGUCUCAGAGAGGCCUGAGAUAUCGACUCGAGGUUUUCCGCACUCCAAAGAAAGGCUGGGGUGUGAGAUCUUGGGAUUAUAUACCUUCUGGGGCACCAGUGUGUGAAUACACUGGAAUUCUGAUGAAGACAGAAGAGAUAGAUACGGCACAUGAAAAUAAUUAUAUUUUUGACAUUGAUUGUUUACAAACAAUGAAGGGCCUUGAUGGAAGAGAGAGACGAUUGCGAGAUGUAUCUAUACCCACAUACUUGGAUAGAAGUGAUGAUCAUAAAUCUGACAGUGUGCCAGAGUACUGCAUUGAUGCAGGUUCCACUGGGAACAUUGCCAGAUUCAUCAACCAUAGUUGCCAGCCUAAUCUUUUCGUUCAGUGUGUUCUGAGUUCGCACCAUGAUAUCAAGCUAGCUAGGGUGGUUCUAUUUGCAGCGGACAACAUACCUCCAUUAAAGGAGCUUACAUAUGAUUAUGGUUAUGCCGUUGAUAGUGUGAUGGGUGCUGAUGGUAAGAUUAGACAAAUGGCGUGUUAUUGUGGUGCAGCAGAUUGUCGGAAGCGCUUAUUAUAAGUGGUUGUUUUGUUGAGACUAACUAGUACAUGUUUGUGACCCUGCUCUUUCCUGUUUGAACGUAUACUGUUGAAUGGUAAGCAUCUAUUUUGCCCAAAAUUCCUGGGGAUUGAAUAUGUAGCAGUAAGUAGUUGCGGCUGUACUAUUCUUGACAAAAUCAUGAACUGUUGUAGUUUAUAUUAACCUUUCCACCCUUUCUUCUCUGUGGGGUUUUCCAUAUUGAAAUGCCACAGAUGAAAAACAUUAUUACUUGUGUAUUUAAAUGAAAAAGUAAAUAUGAUGUGGUCACGUUAUGUA